AUGAGUAACAUGGGGAAGAAGAGUUUUGUGAUUGAGGCUUACAAGCACCGUGUUGUCAUGGAUGCUGAUUAUGCUGACAAGACUUGGAACAUCCUGGAGCAUGCAAUUCAUGACUUAUACAACCACAACGUUAGGAAUAUCAGUUUUGAAGAGCUUUACAGGAAUGCUUACAAUAUGGUUGUUCACAAAUUUGGUGAGAAGCUAUACUCUGGGCUGGUUGCAACCACAACUUCUCAUCUCAAAGAGAUAGCUAGAUCUCUUGAAGCCACUGAAGGAAGUUCCUUUCUGGAAGAAUUAAACAGAAAAUGGAAUGAUCAUAAUAAGGCAUUACGAAUGAUUAAUGACAUUCUGAUGUACGUGGAUAAGACUUAUAUCCCACAGACCAAGAAGACACAUAUUUAUGAACUUGGCUUGAACCUGUGGACAGAGAAUGUUAUUUACUCAAAACAGAUCAGGACUCGACUGUCGAAUAUGCUUUUGGAAUUAGUAUGCAAGGAACGUGCUGGGGAAGAUGUUAAUAUAGAACUGAUUAAAAAUAUUACAAAGAUGCUAAUGGAUUUAGGUUCUUCUGUUUAUGAGCAAGAAUUCGAGACUUCGUUUCUACAAGUUUCAGCUGAGUUCUACAGGGCUGAAUCUCAGAAAUUUAUCGAGUGCUGUGAUUGCGGUGAUUAUCUCAAGAAAGUUGAGAGGUGCCUGAAUGAGGAAACAGAUAGAAUGUGCCACUACUUGGACCCUAGCACUGAAAAGAAGAUUACUAGUGUGAUCGAGAAGGAGAUGAUUGAAAAUCACAUGCUUAGAUUAAUCCAUAUGGAGAACUCGGGGUUAGUAAACAUGCUUUGUGGUGAUAAAUAUGAAGAUUUGGGAAGAAUGUAUAACUUGUUUCGUCGUGUUACUAAUGGUCUCUCGAAAAUACGUGAAGUGACGACUUCACACAUCAGAGAGUCCUUGAAACAGCUUCUUACUGAUCUAGAAAGGUUGGAUGAUAUUCAUGUUGAAUUUGUGCAGAGGUUGUUAGAUGAGAAAGAUAAAUAUGACAAGAUUAUAAGCUUGGGAUUUAAUGAAGACAAUUUCUUCCAAAAUGCUUUGAAUUCCUCGUUCGAAUUUUUCAUUAACUUGAACCCUUGUUCUCCAGAGUACAUUUCACUAUUUGUAGACGAUAAGCUUAGAAAGGAACUAAAGGGAGUUAGCGAGGAUGAUGUAGAGAUUACUCUUGAAAAUGUGACGACGCUAUUCCGAUACUUGCAAGAAAAAGACAUGUUUGAGAAGAAUUCCAAUCCUAGAUUACUAAGAUCCUUCUUUCACUUUACUUGUUAAUAC